AUGCCCGCGCAGCUGCUCCUGCACCGGCCCCACCGUCGAUUGCUCCCGCCGCGGGCUCGUCGCCGUCCCCAGGAACAUACCCUUGGACGCCGAGAUCUCCACGGUAACAACAUCAGCGUCGUCUACGAGAGCGAUUUUCAGGAUUUGUCCAAACUGAAAAUUCUGCAGUUGUCGGAUAACUCUAUACGGUCCUUCGAAAAGGGCGCGUUUCAAGAUCUAGUAAAUUUAGAGAGACUAGAUCUAAGCCACAAUCAAAUCUCCAUGAUAGGAAGGAAAACCUUCCGAGGAGUUCAGUCUUUGAGAAAUUUGCAACUCGACAAUAAUAGAUUAACAUGCAUCGACGACACAGCGCUAAAGACAAUGAAGGAUAUCGAAUUGCUCACGUUGAACAACAACAAUCUCACGUGGCUGGGCAAGGACAUGUUCAGCAACAUGUUCAGGCUGCGCACGCUGCGAUUGAACGACAAUCUCUUCCACUGCGACUGCCAAUUGUCCUGGCUCGCCCGCUAUCUCAGGCACUCGCCCAGGCUCGCCCAGCACACCAGAUGUCACUCGCCCAGCCACCUCAAGGGCCAGCCCAUCGUCGAUCUCCAGGACCAGGAAUUCAAAUGCUCCGGUUUGGUGGAGAGGGCGAUAAGCGGGGAAUGCAUCAGCGAGCCGCAGUGUCCGCAUCCUUGCAGGUGCGCUGAUGGGAUCGUGGAUUGCAGGGAGAAGGGAUUGACGAGCGUUCCCGAUCAUUUGUCGGACGGUAUUACCGAAUUGCGGUUCGAGCAGAACGAGAUUGUGGAAAUUCCUGCGAAGGCGUUCGUGGUGCAUAAGAGAUUGCGCAGAAUCGAUUUGAGUAACAAUAAAAUUUCUAAAAUCGCCUCCGACGCUUUUCAAGGAUUAAAAGCCUUGACGUCCCUCGUCUUGUACGGUAACAAAAUCAAGGACUUACCGGCGGGAGUUUUCCAAGGACUCGUGUCCUUGCAACUGCUAUUACUCAACGCCAACGAAAUAUCCUGCAUUAGAAAGGACACUUUCCAGGAUUUGCACAGCCUGAGCUUACUAUCCCUCUAUGAUAAUAACAUCCAAUCAUUGGCAAAUGGAAGUUUCGAUUCGUUGAAAAGCAUCCAAACACUCCAUUUGGCGCGAAAUCCGUUCAUCUGCGACUGCAACCUGAAAUGGCUAGCAGAAUAUUUGCACAAGAACCCCAUCGAGACCUCAGGAGCGAGAUGCGAGACCCCCAAACGCAUGCAACGCAGAAGGAUCGAAUCCUUGAAGGACGAAAAGUUCAAAUGUCAAGAGGAAUUCCGCACGAAAUACGCCGGAGAGUGCCUUAUCGAUAACGCCUGUCCAGCUGGAUGCUCCUGCGACGGAACAAUCGUAGAUUGCUCCGGCAAAGAACUCAAAGAAAUACCGAGGGAUAUACCGCUUUACACCACUGAACUGUUACUUCACGACAACGAUUUGGGCAGGAUUAAAUCGGACGGGUUGUUCGGACGUUUGCCUAAUUUAUCCAAAUUGGACAUGAGAAGGAACCAAAUCACCGGCAUCGAGGAGAAUUCCUUCGAAGGAGCUUCCAAGAUAUCCGAAUUAUUGCUAUCCGAGAACAAACUGCUCGAAAUCCACAACAAAAUGUUCCUGGGCCUGCACAACCUCAAAGUCCUGUCGUUGAACAACAACCAAAUCAGCUGCGUGAUGCCCGGAUCUUUCGAUUUUCUCCAAUCCCUCCACACGCUGAACCUGGCUCAGAACCCGUUCGUCUGCAACUGCCACCUGGCCUGGUUCUCCGACUGGCUGAAGGCCAAAGGCCUGAGCGGCUCGACGCCGCGCUGCGCGGCGCCCGAUCGCGUCGCCGACGUCCUCAUCAAGGAGCUGCCCAAGAUGGAGUUCAAAUGUCUGAGCGAGAGCGACCAGGGCUGCCUGGGCGAGAACUACUGCCCGCCGAUGUGCUCGUGCACCGGCACCGUCGUGCGUUGCUCCAACGCCAAGCUGAAGGAGAUCCCGCGCGGUAUUCCGGCCGAAACGUCGGAGCUCUAUUUGGACUUCAACGAGAUCAAUAGAGUUAGAGGCGACAGGAUCAGGCAUUUGAAGGCGUUGACUCGAUUGGAUUUGAGUAAUAACAGAAUAGCGAUGUUGUCUAAUGAUACUUUCAACAAUUUAUCCAAAUUAUCUACGUUGAUAAUAAGUUAUAAUAAAUUGCAGUGUAUUCAAAGGGAUUCGUUACAAGGUUUGGUGUCUUUAAGAAUACUAUCUCUCCACGGUAACCAAAUAUCGUUAAUUCCCGAAGGAACGUUCGCCAACCUGAAAUCUAUCAGUCAUUUAGCUUUGGGUUCUAACCCGUUAUACUGCGAUUGCACCCUGAAAUGGCUCUCAGAUUGGGUGAAAAUCGACUAUGUAGAGCCAGGAAUCGCCCAUUGCGCUGAACCGCCUUCCAUGAAAGGAAAAUCCAUCUUAUCCACACCUUCAUCGUUCUUCGUUUGCAAAGGAAAAGUGAGCAACGACAUACUGGCGAAAUGCGACGCCUGCUAUACAUUUCCGUGCCGGAACGACGGGAAAUGCCUCACGAUGCCCGAAGGAGACUACCACUGCAAGUGCACGCCCGGCUACCACGGCAAGAACUGCGAGUUUAUGAUCGACGCUUGUUACGGCAAUCCCUGCCGUAACAACGGAACGUGUAAGGUGCUCGAGGAGGGGAGGUUCAGCUGCGGCUGCCUCGCGGGCUUCAGCGGGAUGCGGUGCGAACACAACAUCGACGAUUGCAUCAACAACAAGUGCCAAAACAACGCCACCUGCUUUGACCUCGUCGCCGGCUACCGGUGCAACUGCCCCGCCGGAUUCAUGGGCGACUACUGCGAGCGGAAAAUUCCCUUUUGCACUGACCAAUAUAACCCUUGUAAAAAUCACGGUCGUUGCGUUGAUCACGAUUUUUAUUACACUUGCGAGUGUCUACCUGGUUUUAAGGGCGAGAAUUGCACCGACAACAUCGACGAUUGCGAGAACCACAUGUGCCAGAACGGAGGUUCAUGUGUAGACGGUGUAAACGAAUAUUUCUGCAAAUGCGUCGGCGAUUACAGCGGCAAAUUGUGCGAAAUCACGCCAUUCGUAGCCAUGAUGUAUCCACAAACAUCACCAUGUCAGCACCACGACUGCGUGCACGGCGUCUGUUUCCAACCAUCAGGAGCCAACGACUACAUCUGCAAAUGCGCUCCAGGUUACUCAGGUAAAAGAUGCGAGUACCUGACGAGCCUCAGCUUCGUCCACAACACCUCGUACGUCGAACUGGAACCGCUCCGAACCAAACCCGAAGCUAACGUCACCAUUAUAUUCGCCACGAAGCAAGAGAACGGGAUUCUGAUGUACGACGGGCACCAGGAACAUCUGGCCGUCGAGUUGUUCAACGGUAGAAUCCGAGUCAGCUACGACAUCGGCAACUAUCCAGUAUCCACCAUGUACAGCUUCGAAAUGGUAGCCGACGGUGAAUACCACAUAGCCGAAUUGAUAGCCAUCAAAAAGAAUUUUACGUUGAGAGUCGACAGAGGAUUGGCCAGGAGCAUAAUCAACGACGGUUCCAAGGAUUACCUGCGACUAACCACACCCAUGUACUUAGGAGGAAUACCGUCCGAAGCCGGACAAGAAGCCUUCGCCCAAUGGCACCUCAGAAAUCUGACCAGCUUCCACGGUUGCAUGAAAGAGGUGUGGAUCAACCACAAACCGGUCGACUUCGGCAACGCCCAAACGCAGCUGAAAGUGCAGCCGGGCUGCGGCGUGGUCGAGCAGGACCGCGACGACGACGACCAGCAGCUGCAGCUGCAACAGCAACAACAGCAGCAGCAGCAGCAGCGCCGCGACGAAGAGACCGACGGGAUGAUCGGCGAGCCGCCGAGCCCGCCCGAUCCGUGCCUGAGCAACCGGUGCAAGCACGACAGCAAAUGCCUGCCGACAGAAAACGGCGAGUACGCCUGCAAGUGCAGGCCGGGCUUCAGGGGGAAGUACUGCGAACAAGGUGAGGACGAGUCGCCUAGUUGUAGAAAAGAGCAGGUCAGAGAGCACUAUUCGGAGCACGGCUGUCGCUCGAGGAAGCCGCUGAAGAUGGCGAAAUGCGUCGGCGGUUGCGCAGGCGCCGGUUGCUGUCACGCGAGGAAGACCAAAAGGCGAAAGGUCCGGCUGAUAUGCAACGACGGCACGCGGUACACCAAAGACGUCGACGUCGUGCGCAAGUGCGCCUGCGCCAAGAAAUGCUACUGA